AUGGAAUCAUCCGAUACAAGAAAUGGUGAUUAUUCGAGCAAUUAUAUGAAAUAUAUUCAACCACCAAAAUUACCAUUAAAAUAUCGAAAAUCAUACGAUGAAUUAUGCCAUGAUAACCAUGCAAUUCCUUAUUAUUAUCAAACUGAUCGUAAUAUUGUUGAUAGUAAUCAUAUAAUUAUUAAAACAAUUCGCAAUUUUUCGGAAAAUACUACAGCACACGGUGUACGACGUAUAUUUAUUGCAAGAAAUCCAUAUACUGCACGAUUAUGGUUAUUUGGAAUUGUUCUAUGUUUUAUAGUACUUACUGUACAAGCAUAUCAAUUACUGAUGAAAUUUAAUCGUUAUGAAAAAAUAACCAGUAUUGAGCUCAAAUUUGAUUAUAUACAAUUUCCUGCUGUAACAUUUUGCAAUUUAAAUCCGUAUAAAAAAACUUUGAUCCGAUCAGUGCCAUCUAUUAAGGAUACGAUGGAUGUUUAUGAAAAUGCAAAAUCAUUUCGCAAAAAUCGCGUAAAGCAACAAUUACCAAUUGGAAUUAUUCGCAAACAAUCCUAUAAUCAAAAUAAACGCUUGUCGCAUGUCGCAUUUGAUAACAAAAUAACAAAUGAUGACUUAAAUAUAAAUUACAUACGGCGAGGAUACGCAAGACAACGACAAAAACGAAACUAUAAAAAGAAUUCGUUUAAAAAUAAUUACACAACUAUGAUUAACAAAUCUGAAAUCAUUCAUGCAAAUGAAAUGAAUAAUGAAAUAUUUUCAUUUUCUAAUACAUAUUUCCCUACUGAUACUGAUACAAUAACGACAACAGCAACGACAAUAGCUGCUGCUACUACUGCAAUAAGUACUACUGGUAAUACUGAUAUUACUAAUACAUUGACGUUUACUUCUAUAGCUGGAAUUUCUACUACUGAUAUUAAAACAUUUUCAAAUGCAAGCGAUCUAACACUGAGGAGUAAACGAAUGGCAGAGAAAACGCGAUAUGAAGUAAUUGAAGCGCACUGUAAAUGUAUUGGUAAAUCUGAAAUGGAAUGUAUUCGAUUCGAAUCGAUCCCACCAUCUGAUAAUGCCAGAUGUAUCUGUACAUAUGAUAAUGAAAUGAACAUUGCUUGGCCAUGUUUCAAUAUAUCAAUAUGGUACGAGGAGAAAUGCAACGCCUGUUUUGAGGAUGGUUUAUGUGAGCCAAAAGAAGAUUAUCCGACCCAAAGCGCUGAUUGGCCUUGUUUAUGCCGGAAUCGUACCGCUGACUCAAAACGACAUUGUGUUCGAACGUUGAAAAACGUGAAACAAUUAUGGGUAACAAUGUUAUAUCCGUCAACAACAACGAAAAAGACAACGACAACAACAACAACAACAACAACAACAAUGAAAACACCGCCAAAACAAUCAGCACGUGUUACUGCGCCAGAAACUGUUAAAGCAAUGGGUUUUACGGGUAUGACAGAUGGUGUAGCCAUGUUGACACGUGCUAAAGAAAAUUUGAUCUUUACUAUGAGCGCAUUACCGGAAGUACAACGAAUUGCGCUCUCUCAAUCUAAACGAGAAUUCAUCGAAAUGUGUUCAUUCGAUGGAAAAGAAUGCGAUAUUGACACCGACUUCAAAUUGCACGUUGAUCCGGAAUUCGGGAAUUGUUAUACAUUUAAUUGGGAUGUAAAUAACAAUCAUUCAAGUAGUAAAGCUGGCCCAAUGUAUGGUAUUCGGUUACUAUUAUUUGUGAAUAUAUCAGAUUAUAUGGCAACAUCGGAAGCUUCAGGUGUACGAUUAGCAAUACAUAGUCCAACAGAUUUUCCAUUUCCGGAUACAUUUGGUUAUAGUGCACCUGUUGGUUUUGCUUCUUCAUUUGGCUUGAAAAAGCACGUCGUUCAAAGAUUAUCCGCACCAUAUGGUGACUGUCAACAAGAAAAGAAAAUGGAUUCAAGUGUUUACAUUUAUGGUGACUAUGAUUACAAUCCAGAAGGAUGUCAUCGAAGUUGCUUUCAAAAUACGUUGCUUGAUAAAUGCGGUUGUGGUGAUCCGCGUUUUCCGGUUCCAAAAGGAAGAACGCAUUGUUCCGCUUUUAAUGCUACAGCAAGAGGUUGCUUAGAUCGGGCGAUUGCCGAAAUCGGUGAUUUUCAUCGUAUUAUGGAUAGAUUGACGGAUUGUCAUUGCAAACAAUUAUGUGAAAAUGAAGUAUACAGUGUCACCUUUUCCACUUCUAAAUGGCCAUCUGAUGCCAGCGAUCUUGGAAAUUGCAAUCCGAAUAUGAAUGAUGAAGAAUGCAGGAAAUAUUAUAGAGAAAAUGCUGCAAUGGUUGAAGUUUACUAUGAACAGCUUAAUUAUGAACUGUUGAAAGAAUCUGAAGCAUAUGGUCUUGCCAAUUUAUUGGCUGAUGUUGGCGGACAUCUUGGCUUAUGGAUGGGUAUGCUUAGCUCAUUUAUUCGCAAAUUCAAAUUUUGUUAUUUUUUACAUUCAAUGAAAUUAACAAUGUCAACACCAAAUAAUCCUGAAAUUAAAUUUUAUAAAACAA